UCUGCUGUGUUACACAUCAGUGCUAUGACAACCACUGCCCAUGGAAUGUCGCCUAAAGGCGCUUGCAUGGCAUUUAGCUGUGGGCUUAACAGCGUUGUUACAACUGACUUAUGGAUUCCGCUACCAUAGAGACUUCAAACGUGGCUUCACUGGUAUCGAGACUAUAGUAAAACGAGGAGUUGAACGUUUGUGUGACUCACAGGCAAAUGAAGUCAUCACAGGAGCUCUGCGACCACUGGUUCGUAUUGCUGAUGGUUGUGAAGGUGAUAUUCAUACCAAAAUCGCACAUACAGUGUCUAAAUUAGCACAAAUACCCAUAGAAACAGCGGCUAUACGUCUAAGGGAUGAAUUAAAAAAGGAAUCUGAUGCUGUUAAAGAUUGUUUUGUCACGGGUAACCAUUAUGUUAACAUCGUGCUCCACGAUGGGUAUAUACGCAAUGUACUCCGUGAGAUGGAUAGCGACCAAGCAGUUAGGCUAGGAGUUCCUUACAUGUCAUCAGGCACUGUAGUAGUCGAUUACUUCAGUCCUAAUGUUGGCAAGGACCUGCAUAUGGGCCACCUGAGGUCAGCAGCCAUUGGUGCUGCGCUGUCAAACAUACUCGAAUUCUGUGGUUCAAGAGUCAUUCGACGUAACCAUGUUGGUGACUUCGGAUCACAAUCAGGACAAAUAAUGCGUUACCUCAUGGAGUAUGAUCCAACGUCUAUAGAGGCGUUCACUGAAAGUCAAACUGAUAAGGAGCGUGCUAAGGAAUUUACCAGAUUGAUAGAUGGGUAUUCGAUAUGGAGUAUUAAAGGAAUUACUACAUCAGGACGUUUUUCAAGACCCACACCCGGUGUAUCAGCCGAGUUGAUCAUUAAUACCAUGGGCGAAAUAUAUAAGAACGCUAAAGAAUUGUGCGACACGGACCCUGAAUUCCAACUACGCUCUAAAGAAGAAACUGCACUACUCCAACGUGGGAAACAUAUGUACCAGGAAUGCUGGAAAAGCAUCGUUAAAACGUCUAUAGCAAGCCACCGUGACAUCCUAGAGCAAUUUAAACUUGAUGCAAUUCGUGACGUACCAGAAAGUUGUUACGCCAAGCGCGUAUUCGCAUUUGUCGACCGAUUAGUGAAACAAGGUCACGCAUUGGCGCGUCCGGAUGGCAGCAUUGUUAUACCAUGGCAAGCACUAAAUGAGCAAUCAGGUGAUACACCCACCGAGGAGUUGCACGAUUUAGUAUUGAUAACUAAGGAAGGUGCUGCAACAUACCUGGCUGUGGACAUUACUGCCCUAGAGUACCGACUUUCAGAACACAAGCCAAAUGAAAUCAUAUACAUCACGGACUUAGCACAGAAACCGCAUUUUGAUAAGGUCAUAGCCAUAGCUCGACAUAUAGGGUUCCUGAAAGACCAAAAAAUUGAACAUCUGGGAUUUGGGGCUGUGCUGUCAGAGGAUGGCAAGAAAAUGCGAUCAAGGACAAAAACAGGUGUUAAUGUGCAUGAUAUAUGGAAGUAUACCUUGAAAAGGUGUUUAGAUGAAGUGGAAAAGAAGGGUGAAUUCCUAGGUCAAGCGAGUAUGUGCAUGGCGCACAAACUGGCUGUAGGGUCCAUGUUAUACGCGGACCUGUCUACCAAACAUACGGACACUUAUGUUUUCUCCACUGACCGACUCUUGAAUCAGGGUGGCAACAACUUGAUCAGUAUACUGUAUCCAUACGUUCGUGCACGUUCGAUAUUGCGCAAGAUAGAACAAGACGCAAUCAAGGUAGUAAAUGAAGACUUGUGGCUAGUGGGUGGAAAGCCAUUUCUAAACAGGAGUGCAAGACAGUUGGCUCUACAUAUUCUAGGCCUGGAGAAUGCCAUAUUCACCACGGCCUAUUUGAAGACUCCACAUAGACUAUGCAAAUACGUACGGUCGUUGGGUAGGAUUUUCACCCAUUUCUAUGAUAACAACCGUGUAAUUGACCAAGGUAAAGCUGAGGCUGAUUUGGUGCAUUUGGUACGUUUGUUCUCACAAGCGACCAAGUUGGUACUCAAGCUGCUAAAUAUAGAGACACUGGAGUUUCUAUAGGGAGUAACUUACAGAUGUAUUUUGCUCCAA